AUGUCAUACUACAAUCCAUACCAAAGCAUGCAUCAGCAGUACAUGGGCCAGCCAUACUACCAAUACUAUCCUCACCAGGAGUCCAACGGCCACUUGCAAGGCCAGGAUCAACACCCACAGCAUCAGUUUCUUCACCAGGGCUCGUCGCAGUAUGACCAGUUUGGCUCCCACUCCGACAACCUUGGAGGCUUCCCAAAGGAAAACGAUCAUCUGCCAUCUGCUGGUCAUUUCAACAAUGGUGACCUUUACGGUGUUGAGGAGAGCAGCUUCUUUGAUGAUUCCGAUCUUCCCAACGCUCACACCCCUAACCAGCAGCCUUUGUCAGCAGAUGCUGCUUUGAGUCGCCAGAUGCAAGAGCAGUUGAACCUUGGUGGAUUCCCUGGCGUUCCUGAUUCUAACUUUGGCCCAUCAGCUUUUGGUGGUGCCAACCAGGGCCUGAUUCCUCAGACUCCUAAUGGAGAGAUGCUCAUGGGCGGUUCAAACCAACCAGGCAUCGUUCCACAUUCGCCUACUAGCGCAUCCAACAUGCCUACUCAGGUGGCUCCUUCUAGGACAGUCUACUUGGGAAACAUCCCAAGUGACAUCGAGCCUAAUGAAUUAUUGGACUAUGUUAGAAGCGGUAUCUUGGAGAAUGUCAAGAUUUUGCCCUCCAAGAACUGUGCCUUCAUUUCUUUUAUCGACGCUCAGUCGGCUUUGUUGUUCCAUUCCGAUUGCAUUUUGAAGAAGCUUCACAUUAAGGGCAAUGAUAUUCGUAUUGGAUGGGGUAAGAAUGCUCCUAUUUUGCCUGCUGUGAUGGAAGCGAUCCAGAGAGAUGGUGCAACGCGUAAUGUUUACCUCGGAAACUUGAAUAACCCUGUCACGGGUGAGAUGAUCACCGAGGCAGAGUUGAGAGAAGACUUGUCGUCUUUUGGUGUCAUUGACUGCAUUAAGGUCAUCCCAGACAAGGGUAUCGCCUUUAUUCAUUUCUUAUCUAUCUUGAGUGCCAUCAGAUGUGUGGCUAACUUACCUUUGAAGGAGAAAUACUUGGACAAGAAGUGUUUCUAUGGUAAGGACAGAUGCGCUUUCAUUACAAAAACGCAGCAACACAACGCUGCUCAGUACUUGGGUUUGGCUCCAGGAAUGGAGCACGUUGUGACUGCAGCAGACAGGGAGUUCAUCUCUAGUGCUUUGGUUCAGCAGUCUGCUGCUGCCGCUCAGAUUGCUACUCAGGCUGGUGGCGCUAACAACUUGGGUAACAGAACCGUUUACUUGGGUAAUUUGCACCAAGAAUCUUCUGUUGAGGAGAUUUGUAAUGUUGUUAGAGGUGGUUUGUUGCAAAGUAUCCGUUUCUUGAGCGAAAGACAUGUGUGUUUCAUCACCUUCAUUGACCCAAUUGCUGCUGCUCAAUUCUUUGCUAUGUGCCAAUUGCACGGCUUGACCAUUCACAAUAGAAGAAUCAAGGUCGGCUGGGGAAAGCACUCUGGACCUUUAUCCAAUGCCUUGUCGUUAGCUGUCUCUAAUGGUGCACUGAGAAACAUCUACAUCGGCAACAUCACUGACUUUGAAUAUUACAACGCCAAAAAAUUGAGAAAGGAUUUCACUAAGUUUGGUGAUAUUGAACAAAUUAACUACCUUGAGGAGAAGAACUGUGCAUUCAUCAAUUUCGUCAAUAUUGCGAAUGCCAUCAAGGCCAUUGACGGCAUCAAGUCGUUCGAUGAUUACAAAAAGUUGAAGAUAAACUUCGGUAAGGACAGAUGUGGUAACUUGCCAAGACAGUUCCAAAACCAGCAGCAGGUCAAUUCGAACAUUAACUUGCCACAGUUUGCCAGCAGUAUGACUCAGCCAAGUGAUGAAAGCACGAAUUCUGAUUCUGAAUUUGUGGACGACAACACCAAGGAAACCAGUCAGUAA